CAAUUUUAUAUACAAAUUAUGAUAACUGAAAGUAAGACAAAUUAAGUAUUGUGAAAAGACAAGAUAUUGCAUAUAUACAGAGGAAAGAUGUGUAUUAAGAGUGUUCAAAUAUGGUAGACUCUUCAUUACAAAGACAGACCUAAGAGCCUUGAAGGCAGUAGAUAUUACUCUAUAUAACUUAAUUAUUAACUUAAAGCUCUGAUUAAGCAGAUGCAGAAUAAAACUUUCAGUUGUCCCUGAGAUUUGAAAUGUACAGCAUCAGAGAUAAAGAAAAGUCAAUGUUCUUUAUUUUGGUAGAUGUUAUAAUUGAGAAAGUUGAGGGGUCAAUGUGGGUGUGCAUGUCGAUGUCAGGUACCUUUUUCCCCAAGAUCUAUCCACAAGAAUAGCUUGCUUUUUGCUUAUUUAUAGAAAACCUAUGUUAAUACUGUUUAAUAAUUUAGAAAAUUAUCAACGAUUAACACAUUUUAAUUUUCAGUUACAUAUAGUAUUCACUAGCAAAUGGAGUAGAAAUAUAAGUUGCUUUUUGGGGGUUUCAGGUGUAGAAUAAUAUGCAGUAAAUUGAAAGGUCUGAAAUUAUAACUUCUCUACUAAACAAAUAAUUCAUAAUUCGCUUUUGAAGGAGAAACUAGGAAAUACUUUCUCUACAAAACCAUUCUGUUAUGUAAUAAUAGCUACAUGUUAAAUUCAAAAGGCAGUCUAUUUGUGAAAUCAUUUUAAUGUUUUCACAUCCUCUUUCAAAAGUUUUUCAAAUAGAGUCACUCUGAAUACUGUCGUUUCCACCCUUGCUAAGAUCCUCCCCACAUGUAAAUUUGCCAAUGAUACUUUAAAGUAAAAUAAUCACUAAGAGUAUAUGACAUCUUUAGAGUAAUACAUAAAUCUACAGCAUUAAAUCAAACAUUUUUCUCAAGGACUUAUGCGUAGAUACUCGAGAAUACCAUACCCUAGAAACAAAACAGACAACUAUUAUCAGAUUAAAAUUACUGUCAUAUCCCCAAGUUAAAAAAAAAUCUGUCAGCAACUAAUUAGGCAUACAGCGGUUGUCACUUAGAGCAGACGGAGUGUUUUGAAUGUGUUUGCGAGUACGCUAUUAUUAUAAGGCUUUCUCAGCAAAAAAGAAAAUAAGACGCGUAUGCCAAGAGCAAGCCAAUCUAAUCAGGAUUUGCAGAAAUCACAAGUCGGAAUUUGCAGACCCAAGAAUUCUUUUUUCCAGAGUAAACACUCUACUCCAAAAACAAGUCACCACCAAACAAUCCUUCCCUACUCGCCUUCUCGCCAAAGUUAUCCGGCAAAUUUCGCACUUAAUAUUCUGAGAGACGCAACUAUGCCUAAGACUUUUAAAACCGUGAUCCAGAAUUUGGCCUCAAUCGUCAACCGAGUUCAGAAUAGAAGUUCAAGAUCCCCUUUAGAAAUGAACCCAAAUAGAUCACGGAGAACCUGGAAACGGAAGACUUUUCUCUUUGUUACGCUGCUGCCAGGGGUCUGGGAACCGGGACCCAUCCUCCGGGACGCCUGGGCUGGCCGACGCGCUCCGAAGUCCCCGCUUGCGGACACACCCCACCGCUCGGCCCCAGCGUCCGCCCGCCGGCCGGGGACCCGCGCCCUCACCUGCUCCCGCUCCCGCAUCCUCAGGGCCGCGCGCCCGGCUCAGCGGCCCGCCUCCCUGGGUCCCGCCGCGCGGCAGCCGCAGCCGCGCCCGCACGCCAGCCCGCGGCGCGGCGCGCUCAUGGGGCUCGCGCGCCUCACUUCCUGUCUCCAAAACCUCGGCCCGCAGACCAUUCCCCUGGGCAGAGUCCGGCGGCGGCGACGGGAAAGGCCUGGAGGCCCAACUUGGAACUUGAACUCACAACCCCGAAAUUAAGAGUUGACCUCCAAGGACAGUGCGAGCCAGGUGCCUCUAAAUGAUUUUUUUUUUAAUAGCAUUGUUUCUGGAAAAAUUUUUUGUGUUACAUUUUAUUUAACUCUCAUUUUCUUCAACAACUAGCAGACAAUGAGUACUUACAAUACCUAAGUCAUGGUCCCUGCACACAGGAGACUCCUGGUCUAGUGGAAGAUGAAAACACCUACACAUCACACAUACAUCAUAGAGACAUGAGUGCUAUGAGAGAACAAAGCCUGGGCAAGAUUCAAGUCUGGUGACAGAGCUAAAAGCAAAUAAGAUCACAUGUGUUUCUAAUGGAAAAUUAAAUUAAUUCUGUUUAUAACUGAUAUUUCAACAGGACACCUUGAGGGGGGUCAAACUGUGUGUGAGGAAAGAAAAGAGGCAUGAAAAUGAGUCCCUUUUCUGGUCUCCCAAGCUAGAAAAAUUGAAAUUAUGUGAGAUUCUAAUACCUUUCUCCUCUCCAGCCUACCAUCAAGACCUGGUAUUUCCUCCUUUGUAAUGCCUCAUGAUUUCUUCUCUCCUAUCUGUCCCACAAUUCUAAACCAAACCCCCAUCAUUUUACGUCCGGGGGGUUAUUGCAACAAGGGUGGUCUUGCAUCCGGUUUCUCAGUUCUCUCUCCUUUAUAUGCUAAUACCAAGCUUACC